GCAGCAGCCCCGCCCCCGGCCGCGCCAUGGCGGCGCCGCGGCUCAGCCCCUGACAGCAGCAGCAGCAGGAGCAGGCCGCCCGCCAUCGCCGCCGUCCGUCGCCGCCGCCUUCGCCGCCUCCUCCCGCCGCUCUCCCCGGCGGGAGGAGCCGCGAGGAAGCUGUCAUGCAGGAACCCGGCCCGGAUCCGCCCGACCCUACCGACAACAGCACUCCCACCUCCCCAGGCGGCGGCGGGGAGGCUUCGUGGCUGCUCGGGGUUUUCGAGGCGGCGCGCGGCGCCUCCCUCCUCAGCGCCUCCCCCGCCGAGACGCCGCCGCUGACGGUGGUGGCGGUGGAGCGGUACCUGGCCGAGGCUCCGCCGUCCCCCCCGGCGCCGCCGUGCCCUGCCGCCGCCGUGCCCCCGCAGUACUGGUACGACGUGACCCUGGCGGACGGCUCCCGGCAGGAGCGCUGCCACCUGGCGCCGAGCCUCAACGGCCUGGUGCAGCGCGGCCACCUGCGGGCCGGCGACCGCCUGCGCCUCACGCGCUGCUCCUACCUCUACGACGAGCGGCGCCUCCGCUACGGCUUCCCCUGCCUGGAGGGCGUCGAGCGGGUGGCCGGGGAGCCGCCCGCCGUCCCCGUGCCCGUCGCCUCAGCGCCGCGCUGCCCGCCCCUGCGCGGCGAGAGGAAGCACUACCUGCCGCUCUGGAACAACGAGGAUCCCUACGGGGACGCCUGGGAGGCCGAGAAGCCGCCGGAGAAGGUGGACGUUGAUGUCUCUAAGCUGACUUCUCUUGGUCAGCUGGAAAUGACAUGGAGAAGCAGAGUUCACUUCCAUCCGCUGCUUGUCAGAGUGCUGCACAAGUCUAGGCUAAGGUACUACGGGAAGCCAGAGAAAAAAAUGGAUGUGCCGUAUCAGGCUUACUUUGAAGUUGCUGAUAGCUCAGGCAUGAUGUCGAUGGUUUUGUGGAAUUCGUUAUGUCCUGAAUGGUAUAACAGUAUGAAGGUUGGCACGGUACUACUUCUUGAACAGUAUGCUAUCAAAAACAGUUAUCCAUUUAAAACAAAGCCAACCCCGGGAGAUUCACAGAUGAAGAGAUUUGCUACAAUUGAAAUCAGCCUUAAUGUACGUGACCCACCUACCAAAAUAAGUAUCAUUCCAGAAGAAAUGGUUAAGCCAGAGUGGGGAUUACCUGAAGUUAAAUACCGCUUUAUCACAAGGUCAGAGCUGGAUAACUUACCAAACAAUCAUUCCUGUGAUGUUAUUGGUCUUGUGACGUUUGUAGGAAGGAUUGAACGAGCAAGAAAGAGAGGUUUCUCUAUAAAUACAACUUUCAGAAUUUAUCAAACCUUUUUUAACUUUUUGAAGAAACACGUGUUUUUCUUAAUAUUUGUUUAUAUAGAACGCAGUGAAGACUUCUGGCUCUAUCGUUGGGCGCAUGCCAUUGAUGGGACCUCAGAGCAACCAUUUAUACUGGAAAUAUUUGCAACUUCUCAGCCAGAUGUGUUUGAGCGUAUUCAUCCAAUGACAUACUUGGUGUGUACACAGAUGAGAGUGGUACGGGACCUCACUGACAAUCCUUCCAGCACAAUUUACCUUACGACUUCAAAUGAAAGUCAAAUAUUCAUUACAGGGUGUCACAAGGGCCAGCCAUACACCAGAGAUACCAAAGUGAAAAACUUCAUUCACUGGACUAAAACACAGAGUGAAGCUGAUCAAAUGAAGAAAACUGUCAUUGGUGGCUAUUAUCCUCUUCCACGACCUCCAAAUAGCUUUCUGAAGUAUUGUAAAAGUAAUAAAGUUGAAUCAGUUUUGAAAGCCAUAGGUGAAAUGGGGAAAGAAAUUGAAGAUUUGCACUACAGGGAACACAAGCGCAUUGCUAUUCAAGGAAUAAUUAGCGCCAUAAGAUACAUCAACUGUAGCAAUGUAGCUGAAGAUGCCUCAGGAGUAGAACCUGUUCAGAAAGAUACUUCUCAGUCUCUUGAAAGUUCUACCGUGUCCAAAGAAGAUGGUGUUCAGAAGGGAAACCUUCAAACUAGAGAGUUCACGUCUUUUCUGGGGCCACAGUGUGCUCCUGGGAAACAAUGGCAUCAAACUCUACAAUCGAAAAAGAGCACAGUCAAGAGAAAGACAGAAGCAGAACAGGGAAGUGCAUCUGUUAUUCCUGUACCAUCUCACCACUAUUUCACACGGUCUGCAAGAAAGAAAUUUAGCUUGGACAAAUUUCAACAUGAAGAUUUUGUUCAAGACAAAAAUGAACAGCCUGUAUCAGACAGUUCACAGUACUACCCAGACCAAGAAGGAGUAAGUGCUAUACCUGAAACUGAAGAGACUGGAGGAACUCGUGAUUCAUGGCAGAGUGACCUGUGGGCACAAGUAAAAGACAAGCUGCUGAAAUAUUUGCAUCACAGCACAGUUUUCCCAGAAAGCAUCCCACGUAAAUUUGAUUAUGUGCACAAAGACUUACUUAUGCAACAGUACAACCUUCAUGCAGCUGUGUACCAGCCAAAAGAAACUAGAACAGAUAAAAAUAUCAAUGAGUUUAAAAGCGCUAGUGGCCUUGGGUAUUAUGAAGUGACAGUUCUGGGUAUAAACCACGAUGUAGCAGUAGAUGUCGCAUUUCUCCCACUCUUCUGUCCUGAAGACCCACACUUACUUCAAAUGGAGGACAUUGAAAAUGAUACGUUAUUGUCUUGCAUGAGUUGCAUCUCUGCUUGUCAGCAGAAGACCACCAGCUAUGGAACGCUACAUGACACCUUUCCACUUUCAAAUGAAAUUGUAAGAGCAGCGAUGGAUCUAGACGGCAAACAUGUUGUCUGUAUCUUGGACAUCUGUCACUUGGGUGAUGAUAAGGUGGAAGUCUUUCUGAGCAAAAUCUACAAGACGGUGGAACCAGAUGUGCUGGACCUAGUGUAAUUUAAUAACUUAUUUUUGAAACUUAUAUAGUGUUGAAAAGGAGGGAAAUAAAAUUGCUGUAAUUUGAAUACACCCUCUACACACUGCACUUUUCUAGAACUAGCAGACAAAAAUGAUUCUUAUAACAGAGCAAUUGUCAUUCACAUGAAUGUGAAGGACAAUUGUUACCUUUGUUUUUGGCAACCUGGGAACAAUUUUUUACACGAUGUCUUGGUCACUUACGUUCAAGAAAGGUGAACUGGCAAUGCAGUGAGCUUAUCUUUUGAUAGGAAACCAAGGAGUACGACUGUGAUCUCUCUUUCUCUGCCUGUGUGCAUACAGAGGAAAAGUAUGCAUCAGGGUGAGAACUGAGAAGAGAGGCAGGCUUUUCCAGUAUUAAAGGCAAUGUUUGCAAAAGAAUUAAUUGAAAAGAAUUUAGGCUGAAAAUUAAAAUCAUUUUGAGGAUGUGAACUAUUAUGUCCCAAAGUGAUCUUUCAGUGGGAGGUACUAUAGACAGCCUCAUUAGGCUUGAACCGUACUGUGUUUGUGAAAGGGAUCACAUAUUGUGGUGCCUUAGUACUGGGGGCUGGACUCAGUGAUCCAAGAAGUCACUUUCAGUUCUUUUUACCUGACCAAGGUCAAUUGCUAUGUUUUUAUGUCUGCUUUUGUAUAUAUAGUGUUGGAUAAUGAGUAUAGCACCUAAGAUUUAUAACAUAUUUUAUUUAUUAAUUUAGAAAACAAAAUAUUAAAAAAAAAAAAAAGAAGAAACUUUGUUAGUGAAACUUUUUUCUAGCUUUGCAAGAGAAAAAAAAUAUUUUUAAGUAACAUUUAGCAUGGCUGGAUAUAGUUUGUGUCACCAUUACUUUUUCUUUCCUGUUGGUCACCACUAGCACUAUCUUUUUUCUUUUUGGUGAUAGCUGUAAUCCAAAUGCAUGAGGGAACUCAGCAGCUCCAAGAAGCUGCUGCUUCCAGGAGGGCAAAAGGCUCAAGAAUACUGUCAAGAUGUUAAGUCUCUACAAGCCAGCAGCUGCUGAGUUCCGAACCAAGUCCUGCUUUUUCUUCCCGUUGGCCUCAAAUCACUUAUGCAACUGGAUCUUUGGGAAAUUAUUCUCAAGCAGGAUCCUAAAACACAUUGCUGCUUGACAACUUGUCCAUAUGCAAUGCUGGUCUCAGCUCAGUUGUUUGAGAAGAAAUGAUUGCAUUGUGGAAGCUUGCCACUUAAAUUGUACCAUUAUUGACUAAAGCCCACAGAAUUAAUUUAUAGGAACAGAUUUGUUCUUUUUUGUAAAACUUUCUAGGUAUGUUUUAGCUCCCUGUUGGUAAUUAGGCAGUAUCUUUUUCAAGUAGCGGCUCACUUGUUUGCUCUGGGGACAAUGGACUUUGUCUUCAGGUCCUACAACUCUGUACCCUAACUUCAGUUAAUGGUAAUUGAAGGAGAAAGUUAACUGUAUUAUAAUAGAGUUUCAAUGCAACUUUGUAUAAAAAGUAAAUGUCUUAAUGUUUAGGGAAAAAAAAGGUUAAAAUUAUUCUGAGUUUCUACCAUGGUUUACAAUUUAAAAAUGUAUUAAUGAGAAAAGUUUAACUUAAAUUGCACAGACGAAAAGUGAAUUAAAUGUGACUUUGUGUUGUUUAUGUUUAUAUUUUAUAUGGAUCGUAAUAGUAUUAACUCUAGAGCAACGUUUGUCAACCCAUGGCUUUCAGAGUACUUUGUAACCUUGCCACAGAAGGCAAAAUGAACACAGGACAACCCCAGAAGAGCAGGGUGUUGCUUGCAAUUACUUGUGUAAUUUUGUUGCUCAUGGGUAUAUGAAGAUAAGAAGCUCUAGAGUGAGGAAAUUAGCACCAGCACUUCAUGUACCAAACUGAGCCAUGCUGACUGUGUCAGCAUUUUCUUAAUUUAGAUAUACUUCAGGUGGAAGUCUAAUUUUAAUAAAACCAUUAUUUCUAGAAGCAAUUUUAAAAAAUAGUUAUCUUUGUAUGAAAGGACUGAUGUGGCAAACAGAGUCACAGAGUCACUGUAUUCGGUUGUUCUAGCCACUCAAUCCAUCCCCUGCAAUAAAAAUCCAGCAAAGAUCAUUUGCUGCAUUGCACUGCUUACUAUACUUUAAAUAUGUAGCAUUAAUCAUUUGAUCCUCCGUGUUAGGAGGUUUCCUAACUCUACAAAAUGUAUCAGAAUGAUGUAGACUGUGUAAUGUGCACUUGAGACUUUUUAAGUCCAUAACUUUAUUUUACAGAAAUAGUGGUUGAAAUUUUUCAUGGCAAAAACAGAGGAGGAGACAUAUUCACUCCUGCAGAAUGAAGUGCCAACGUUAGAUGCAUACACUGUCUUUGUAUAGGUGGAGAAUAUUCAGCGCCUAUAGUAGACUUGGAAUUUGAAUACUCAGGGUAAUUCUUAAGAAGAACCUACCCCAUCCUCAUAAGUUACAUUGAACUUGGUAUGCCAACUUCAGGUGUUGAAGUGUGUUUUGUGUUGUUACAUGAUUCUACCAGUCUGUCUCUGUGUCAAAAGAGCACUCUAUAACUGGGGAGAAAGUCCAGUCUGAAAAAAACUACUGGCUAUUUUAUUUGGCGUUUAUUGACACAACUAUAAACCAAAGUAUUUUUGUUCCUGAGUUUGUCAAAAUGUGUUAAUUUUGCCAUGUGAAACCAAAAUAGCAUCUUUACUCCUGCAAAUUAUGCCAUAGGAAUCAUCUUUCUUGCUGCUGUGUAUUGUCACUGAAAUCCUGCAUUUCCAUGUUUCAUAUGUUUCCAGCAUUAAUAUCAAAGUAAAACAUAGGAAAGUAAACUGAGUGUGAAAUUAAUGGUACUUUUGUAUGUAUAAAACUUCGUAAGUUAUAGAUCUUAGAGGUAAGAUCAGUUUCAACUUAAUGUGAUGUAGAAAUAGUAUAACAGUGAAAACUGGAGAAUAUAAAUAAAUAAGUUAAUAUCUG